AUCGUCUUCAUUGUGUUUACUGCGUGAGUCUCUCCCUCCCCGCCCUUUCGCUGUUUACUUUUCGUCCAUUUCCUCUGCACCGUGAUGCUCGGCCUAUUUUUAUUUCUUUUUCCUCCCGUCAUUUUGGGAGCCUGAGAUUGCUGCGAUGCUAACUUGUCGAGGGUGUUGUCAGAUGGUGGAUCUUUGGUCUCAUCAACCACCGUUUCAGCGAUAACAUGGGGUGGCUGAAGCCGACGUUGCUUUACAUCGGCAUCCUGAUUCGUCUCAUUACCUUUUACGUCCCGGCUGCCCUCGCCUUGGUACCCGUCGCCUGGAUCUGGAACCACUCGGUCUUCAAGGUUUAUGAGGCAAUCCCCGCCCGUCUGCACCAGCCGCUGGCUGCCGCCGGUACUUUCGCAGUAUUCUUGGUCGGAAGCUUCGUCCCCGAGGAGACUGGAGACAACACGCGGUCUAAUCGUGCCAUCUCCAUCUUUGGCCUGCUCGUCAUGAUUGCCCUCCUGACUGCCACAUCGCGCGACUGGAGGCGCAUUCCAUGGCAUACUGUCAUCGGCGGCAUGCUUUCACAGUUUAUCAUCGCCCUCUUCGUGCUGCGUACUCAUGCCGGUUACGAUAUAUUUGCCUUCAUCUCCGAGCUAGCUCGCGCUCUGCUGGGUUUCGCCGACCAAGGUGUUGUCUUCUUGACCGACCCGACAGUUCCCCCUUUGCAUUGGUUUAUCAGUGGCGUCGUGCCCCCCAUCAUCUUCUUCGUCGCUCUCGUACAGAUGGCCUACUAUUUCGGCUUCAUUCAGUGGUUCAUCGGAAAGUUCGCUGUCUUUUUCUUCUGGGCUCUGCGGGUAUCGGGUGCUGAAGCUGUUGUUGCGGCUGCCACGCCCUUUAUCGGCCAGGGCGAGUCUGCUAUGCUGAUUCGGCCCUUCAUGCCUCACCUGACCAUGGCAGAGCUCCAUCAGAUUAUGGCUUGCGGUUUCGCCACCAUUGCCGGCUCCGUUCUCGUUGCAUACAUCGGCCUCGGCCUCAACCCCCAGGCUCUGGUUUCCAGCUGCAUCAUGUCCAUUCCCGCCUCUCUUGCCGUGUCAAAGAUGCGCUACCCCGAGACGGAGGAUACACUGACAUCGGGCGAGGUCAUCAUUCCCAAGGAUGCCGAGGCGGAAGAGAGCGUCAAUGCUCUCCAUGCUUUCACCAAUGGCGCUUGGCUCGGCAUCAAGAUCGGCGGCACCAUUGUCGCGUGUAUCCUCUGCAUCAUCGCCCUGGUUGGUCUGAUCAACGGCUUGCUGGGCUGGUGGGGCAGAUACUGGAGCAUUACCAACCCCGAGCUCUCGCUCCAGCUUAUCGUCGGUUACCUCCUCUACCCAGUUGCCUGGCUGCUUGGCGUGCCGAACCAGGAUCUCCGCGCAGUCGGCCAGCUCAUCGGCACCAAGAUCAUCAUCAACGAAUAUGCUGCUUUCAGCGACCUCACCAAGCUGGAGCCGUUUAUCAGCAUGGCCGCGCGCUCGAAAGUGAUCGCCACCUAUGCUUGCUGCGGCUUCGGCAACAUUGGCUCCCUCGGAAUCCAAAUCGGUGUGCUGUCUCAGAUUGCUCCCAAGCGCUCUGGUGAUGUCCUGAAGGUCGCCGUGUCGGCUUUGUUCUCGGGUGUUCUAGCCACGUUAACGUCGGCCAGCAUCGCCGGCAUGCUGUACACCGAUGGUAUCGGUUCGUAAGAACGUAAUGACAUCUAUAUGACAGUGGCCUUUUGUCCUGAUCUCGGGCGCUAUAGCGCACACAUAAUAAAAAAAACAAUUGGCUGUUCUGCUCUGAAGAAGUAGCCCAAUGAUACUUUAAUACUCAAUAACUUACUUUGA